CAUUUUCAGGCAAGGAAACACCCCCUUGCUGCUGCAGGCGGGGCAUAGUUUGAAUUCAGGAAUUUGAAACAAAGCCUGUUACAAACUGCCCAGAGGGAGCCAUGGCUGCAGAGAACCCAGUGGAAAGGCUCCAGGAGGAAGCGACAUGUCCCGUCUGUCUGGAGUAUUUCACAGAACCUGUCAGUCUGGAGUGUGGGCACAAUUUCUGCCGAGCCUGCAUCGCUCAGUGCUGGGAGGGAUCCGAUACAGCCGCCUCCUGCCCUCAGUGCAGAGAAACUGUGCAACAGAGAAACCUCAGGCCCAACAGGCAGCUGGCAAGUAUCCUAGAACUCGUCAAGCAGUUGAGUUUACAGGCGGCAAAAGGAGCAGGAGGGGACAGGGUGUGUGAGAGACACCAGGAGGCUCUGAAACUGUUCUGUGAAGAGGAUCAAACCCCCAUCUGUGUGGUGUGCGACAGAUCCCGGGCUCACCGCGCUCACACGGUGGUUCCCAUAGAGGAGGCUGCCCAGGAGUACAUGGAAAGAAUCCAGGCCCAUUUGAAGACUCUGAGGGAAGAGAGAGAAAAGCUGCUGGGAUUGAAAGUGACUGGAGAGGGGAAUAGCCAGAAGUAUCUGAAACAAACACAAAUCGAGAGGCAGAAGAUUGUGUCUGAAUUUCAGCAACUGCAGCAGUUCCUGGAGGAACAAGAGCGACUCCUGCUGGCCCAGCUGGAGAAGCUGGACAAGGAGAUUGUGAGGAUCCAGAAUGAAAAUGUCAGUAAAUUCUCCGAGCAGAUUUCCCAUCUCAGUGAGCUGAUCAAUGAGAUGGAGGGGAAGUGUCGGAAGCCAGCGAGUGAAUUCCUACAGGAUGUCAGAACCACCUUGAGCAGGUGUGAGAAGGGGAAGAUCCAGCAGCCAGGGGAGAUUUCUCCUAAAUUGGAAGAGCGAGUCAGUGGUUUCUCCCAGAAAACGAUUGUGUUAAUGGAGAUUCUGGGGAAGUUCAAAGACACUCUGCCAUCUGAAUUGGAGAGAAAAAUGGGAGGAUCAUUUGGAGCACACAGACAGGAUUUCUUUUUCCCAAGAAUGUCUCCUUGGCCGGUGGUUUGCAGUGUGACUCUGGUGAUUUUGUUGGUGUUCAUCAGCCUUACCCCUUUUCUCUUCAAAUUAAGAGGGAAACAUCUCAACACUAUCAGUAAACUUCAAGUAGACCUAGAGUGGAGGAGAUCCCUAAGCAAUGCAGUGACUGUGACUCUGGAUCCAGACACGGCUCAUCCUAAACUCGUCCUGUCUGAGGGAGGGAAACAUGUGAGAUGGGGAUACAAAUGGCAGCGACUGCCGAACAACCCUGAGAGAUUUGACACUGAGCGCUGUGUGCUGGGCUGUGAGGGAUUCACCUCGGGGAGACAUUGCUGGGAGGUGGAGGUGAUGGAUGAGGGAUACUGGGCUGUGGGGGUGGCCAGAGAGUCUGUGAGGAGGAAGGGAGGGAUCAGCCAUAGCCCUGAGGGGGGGAUCUGGGCUGUGGAGCAAUGGAGGGAUCAGUUCCAGGCUCUCACCUCCCCUGAGACCCCCCUGCCCCUGAGCCGGGCCCCCAGCAGGAUCCGGGUUUGUCUGGACUGUGACCGGGGGCAGGUGACAUUUAUUGAUGCUGAUGACGAGGCCCCGAUCUUCACUUUCCCGCCGGGCUCCGUCCCUGGGGGGAGAAUCCGACCCUGGUUCUGGCUGGGGCCGGGAUCCCAGCUCAGACUGUGUCCCUGAGACAUGCAGCAGAGGAGAGAACCGGAAAUCAGCCUCUCUAGCCUCAUGAACCCUAGUCUCUAUGAUCUUGGAGGACUCCCAUCUGCCCAGCCCCUGGUGCCUCAUCUCUAUGGUCCCUGGAAGCUCCUCCCCCUCCCUGCAGUCCCAGGAGACAGGGGGAAGAACCCCUGGGGUUGCGGGGAGACAUGCUGGAUGGGGGUAGCACUAACAGCUGAGCAGGAGACAGGCAGAUGUGGGGGUGGCAGGGACACAGAAUUAAUCAAUCAGGGUUGGGGGAGCUGGGGAGAAGCUGGAAGAGCGGCAGCAGCAGGGAGCAUUUUGUGCAGAUCUGUGGAUUAGAUCUCACUGACGUAGCAAGAGGGGAAAGGAUAAUUAAUGGAGGGGAAUGAAUGGAGCAGCCAAGAGGGAUGAUCUGUGACAGGGAGGGGAGGAGAGUGAAAGAGACACAGGAAAAUAAACAGGGAUCACAAGUGAGGGCUAGAAAAAUGCUGAGUAGAAAAGGACAGUGAGGGAGGAGGAAGAGGGGGGAAAGAAAAGGGAGAACAAAAGGGAACAUGAGCAGGAUGGAGAGAUUUAUUACUGAAAGUGAGACUGUGACUCAUUAAUUUCCUAUAUUAAUUCCUGGACAUUGGUGCUAUUUUAGUGCCGUUAAGCAAACUGCUCUGAGUAGCUGGGGGUCUCCUUACAAUAUGCUGUGGUCAUUAAACUCUCUUAGCUCCUUUUACUUUCCUGCUUUCCACCUACUUACUGUAAAAUA